AUGGAGGACAAGAUUAUGGCUGACCGCAGAGCUGCUGAGAUCGAACUUGAUGCAAGACAACCUUUUCGUCUCACCGCAAAUUCUUCACGGCCAAGACGUAUAAAUGAUAAUAAUCUCCACGGACCAAUUCCAAGGCCAUUAGCUGGUAUGUCUAGCUUGAAAGUUCUAGAUGUUUCAAAUAACAACUUAUAUGGUACAAUUCCUACUACUUGUCCAUUCAAGCACAUCCCAUUGAACAAGAUUUCUUUGAGAACAACCCUUGGCUGGAAGGUCUCGAGCUGCUGGGGCUUGCGAAUGUUGCAGAUUGCAUGGAAGACUUGCAGCUUGGUCCAUCUGACCAACAUAUUUCCACCCAACUAUAGUUUUCGUAAGGUGUGCUCCUGGAAUGAGUGUAGCACCAUGAUUGACGAAAUCAACGACUUCGCUGAGAGCACAAGAUCCUUACUUGAGAGUGUAAUGUUACGAGACAAACAAAUUGAAAUCCAAAAAGUGAUAGCUGACAGUGGUAUCGUUUUUGGUUUUGAGGUCAAUAGAGCUGAUGAAGCAACGUACAUACGUUUUGACAUCGUCAGCCGUGGGUAA